AUGGAAACUCAUGCUGAUCAUGUAUCUCGGGAACCUCAGGCCCUGCUUGAGAGUGCUCUUCCGUCUUCAAAAGUUCCUGCCUUUUCUGACAAGGACAGCUUAGGAAAUGAAAUGUUGGCAGCUGCACUCCUAAAGGCCAAGUCCCAGGAGUUGGUGACAUUUGAGGAUGUAGCUGUGUACUUUAUCCGGAAGGAGUGGAAGCGGUUGGAACCUGCUCAGAGGGACCUCUAUAGGGAUGUGAUGCUGGAGAAUUAUGGGAAUGUAUUCUCACUGGAUGGAGAGAACAGAAGUGAGAAUGAUCAAGAAAUUUCUGAAGAUACAGGAUCACAUGGGGUGCUAUUGGGAAGAUUCCAAAAGGAUAUUUCUCAGGGUCUUAAGUUUGAAAAAGCCUAUGAACAACAAGUAAGUCUAAAGCGGCAGCUAGAGAACUCCUCUGGAGAAAGGUUGAAGAGGAAGAUCAAAGAGUUUCAUCAAAUAACAGCUGAGGAAAAGCUAACCCCCAUGGGAGAAAGAAGUGAGAAUGGUUUUGGGAAUAGCUUCACUGUGACUUCCAACCUUAUUUCACAUCAGAGAAUUCCUAUGGGAGACAGACCCCAUAAGUGUGAUGAAUGUAGCAAGAGCUUUAAUCGAACUUCAGACCUUAUUCAACAUCAGAGAAUCCACACUGGGGAAAAACCUUAUGAAUGUAAUGAAUGUGGAAAGGCCUUCAGCCAAAGCUCACAUCUUAUUCAACAUCAGCGAAUUCACACUGGUGAAAAACCUUAUGAAUGUAAUGAUUGUGGGAAGACCUUUAGUUGUAGCUCUGCUCUUAUUCUACAUCGGAGGAUCCACACUGGGGAGAAACCUUAUGAAUGUACUGAAUGUGGAAAAACCUUUAGUUGGAGUUCCACCCUUACUCAUCAUCAGAGAAUCCACACUGGAGAGAAACCCUAUGCUUGUAAUGAAUGUGGGAAGGCCUUCAGUAGGAGCUCCACCCUUAUUCAUCAUCAGAGAAUUCACACUGGAGAGAAACCCUAUGAAUGUAAUGAGUGUGGGAAGGCCUUCAGCCAGAGCUCACACCUCUAUCAGCACCAGAGAAUCCACACUGGAGAGAAGCCCUACGAAUGUAUGGAAUGUGGAGGGAAGUUUACCUAUAGUUCAGGCCUUAUUCAGCAUCAAAGAAUCCACACAGGGGAGAAUCCCUAUGAAUGUAGUGAAUGUGGGAAAGCCUUCAGGUAUAGCUCAGCUCUUGUUCGCCAUCAGAGAAUUCACACUGGAGAGAAGCCUUUGAAUGUAAUGAGUAUAAGCAAAAGUUCUCUCAGAGUUACUGCUGAAUUAAACAUCAGAGAGUCUACAUGA